AUUGACACACAGCUCAGUUCCCAUAAAAGGGAUGGAGGGGGGCACAGGGGAGUGGAGUGGGACAGGUAUAAAAAGGAAGUGCAGGGCCUGGGGAAGAGGCCCUGUCGAGGGGGCUGGGCACCAGAAGCUGGUAGGCACAGGAAGAGGCUGUGCUAGAAGAGGCCCCACCCCACCCAACCUGCUCUGCUGCAGCCAGGAUGUGUCGGAGGGUGGCUCAAACAGGCUUUGCGGUCCUGGCGCUGCUCCAAUACUGCUCUGCAUACAAACUAGUCUGCUACUACACCAGCUGGUCCCAGUACCGGGAAGGCGAUGGGAGCUGCUUCCCAGAUGCCAUCGAUCAUUUCCUCUGCACCCACAUCAUCUACAGUUUUGCCAACAUAAGCAACAAUCAGAUCGACACCUGGGAGUGGAAUGAUGUGACGCUCUAUGAUACGUUGAACGCACUCAAGAACAGGAACCCCAACCUGAAGACCCUCCUGUCUGUUGGGGGAUGGAACUUUGGCUCUGAAAGAUUUUCCAAAAUAGCCUCCAACACCCAGAGUCGCAGGACUUUCAUCAAGUCGGUGGCACCCUUUCUGCGGACUCAUGGCUUUGAUGGGCUGGACCUAGCCUGGCUUUACCCUGGUCGGAGAGACAAGCGGCAUUUCACCACCCUGAUCAAGGAAAUGAAGGCUGAAUUUGCAAAAGAAGCUCAGCCAGGAAAAGAGCAGCUCCUACUCAGCACAGCAUUGUCUUCGGGGAAAGUCACCAUUGACAGCGGCUAUGACAUUGCCCAGAUAUCGCAACACCUGGAUUUCAUCAACCUCCUGACCUACGAUUUUCAUGGAGCCUGGCGCCAGACCACAGGACACCACAGCCCUCUGUUCCGAGGCCAGCAGGAUGCGAGUCCUGACCGAUUCAGCAAUGUUGACUAUGCUGUGGGGUACAUGUUGAGGCUGGGGGCUCCUGCCAAUAAACUAGUGAUGGGCAUCCCCACCUUCGGGAAGAGCUUCACUCUGGCCUCUUCUGAGACGGGUGUCAGAGCCCCAAUCUUGGGGCCGGGAAUACCAGGCCGGUUCACCAAGGAAGCAGGGACCCUCGCCUACUAUGAGAUCUGUGACUUCCUCCACGGAGCCACGGUCCAUAGACUCCUCGGCCAGCAGGUCCCCUAUGCCACCAAGGGCAACCAAUGGGUAGGAUAUGAUGACCAGGAGAGUGUCAAAACCAAGGUGCAGUACCUGAAGAACAGGCAGCUGGCAGGCGCCAUGGUGUGGGCCCUGGACCUGGAUGACUUCCGGGGCUCCUUCUGUGGCCAGAAUCUGCGUUUCCCUCUCGCCAAUGCCAUCAAGGAUGCACUUGCUGCGACUUAGCCCUCUGUCCCGCACACAGUGGGGGCCAGCUGGCUGGGAGCUGCCCUGCUGAGUCCCCAGCUGAUCUUCAGUCCCCCUCCCUUGGGACCUGUGCAGAAGGCCACAGUACUGAGAUUUGAGCUCAGCCCUGGUGGACAGGGAGUUGGAUGGGGCUGUGAGGACUGUGAGCUCCUGGGGACCAGCACAGUGUGAGACACAGGAUCAGCAUAGACCUGUUGAAAUGCUCACAGACCCCAAGUCUGGCACUAGGGAAUUUCUUCAACUCCCUUCACUGCAGCUCUCCUUAUCAAAGGACACCAUUUUGGCAAGCUCUCCCACCAAGUAGCCAAACAUCCUACAAGACACAGUGACCAUCCUAAUUAUACUCUCUGCAAAGCCCAACUUGAAACCUUCACUUAGGAACAUAAUCAUGCCUCCUACCCUACUUCCCUUUCCUAAUUCCACAGCUGCUCAAUAAAGUAUAAGAGCUUAACACUG